AUGGGAGCUGUGAAAAUACCUACAGGAAUCAAUCUCAAGUUUCCUCCAAACACCACUGCAAUGUUACUACCAGCAGACCCCUCAGUCACCUGGAUAGUCAACAUGUUAGUAAUUAAGCCAGAACAGUGGGUAGAAGUAUCAGUAAUAGCCCCAUUCCAAUCACAAACCAUUGCAGCGGGACAGAAAAUAGAAGAGAAACCUUCACCAUUCCUCAAGAAAUUGAUGCCAGACCAAGAUCAAGCCCUUAAUGAAUUAUUGAGUCAGUAUGAGGACAUUUUCGCCACAGACUUGAAGCAAUUGGACUUUAUAGAAGCAGAAGUCAGUCGAAUGCUUGAAGCCAACAUUAUCAAGCAAUUAGACAUAGACACCAAUGAAGAUUCCAGGGCAAUGCCAUUUGCAGCACCUGUAGUAGUAGUGGGAAAGAAAGAUGGAAGUAAUAAUGAAGUAUUCUCCAACAUUGCGAAAAGAGGUACAAAUCCUAAGUACUUUUCAGUGCUCGACCUAGCCAGUGGCUAUUGGCAAAAUGCACUGGCCUCAUUCCAGUCUAUGUAUAUGAUGGACCUGAUCUUUAGAGAUCAAAUCGACAAGCACAUGGCAGUAUUUAUCGAUGAUAUCAGCAUCUACUCCCAUAGCUUUGAAGAACACUUAGAACACAUUAAGCAAACAUUUGACAAAUGUAGGAAAUAUGGGUUGAAGUUGAAGAUGAAGAAAUGUCAUUUUGGAUGUGAAAAAUUGGAAUUUUUGGGACAUGUGGUCAGCAGAGAAGGAUUAAUGGUAGACCCCAGAAAAAUAGACGUGAUAAAGAAUUACGGCACCCUGAUUAACAGCAAACAAAUAUGUACAUUUUUGGGCAUGACUGGCUAUUAUGCUCGAUUUGUACUGCACUAUCAACACAAAGCAGCACCAUUGUUGGAAUUGAUAAGAAAACGAUCUAAAUUUGUGUGGAACCCAAUGACAAAGCAAUGUGAUGAAGGAGCUAAAGGAAGCCUUAGUCUCCGCAGCGGAGCAGUCUUAUCGCAAUGGGAUCCAGACCAGAAACAGGAAUUUGCAGUAGCAUUCACAUCAAGACAAAUGACCUCUGCAGAAAAGAAUUAUAAUGCUACUAAUCAAGAAGGAUUGGCAGUAAUAUGGGCAAUUGGCAAAUUCUUUCGCUACUUACAUGGCAGGCAUUUCAACCUCUAUACAGACCAUGCAGCAUUGACCUCUAUCAUCAAGACCAAGGAGCCUAAGGGACGAAUGGCAAGAUGGUCCAUGGAAUUACAACAAAGUCUAAUAAAUCACAAACCAACCAUGGAUCUGACAGCCUAUGAAGAACUGAAGGUUAAGGCACUUACUGAUAGAGGAAUCAAGAUUACUAGAGGAGCUCUGUUUAUAGAGAAAGGACCAACGAAUUGGAGAAGAGUAAUCCAACACCCAAAUCACGAGGAAAUAAUAUGGUCAAUCCAUGAAUCAGCACAUCUCAGUGUCCAAAAUACGGUAAACAAGAUCAAGGAAAGAUACUGUAUAGUAGGACUGGAUCAUGUGGGACCGCUUCACAAAAUGAAGGACAGCUAUCUGUACAUUAUAGUUGCCCAAGAUUACUUCACUAAUACUAAGUGGCCAAUAGCAAAACCUACUAAAACAACUAAUACGGAUGAAGCGCUCAAAUUUGUAUAUGAGGAUAUCUACACAGUCUAUGGCAAGCCUCAACAGCUCAUCACUGACCAAGGCACUGCCUUUACUAGCAAUUUGUGGAAAAGGACAAUGCAGAAGUGGAAAAUCAAGCAUACACCUACCACAGCAGCAAAUCCUCAAGCCAACAGCCAAGUCAAAAGAUUUAAUCAGACCUUGGUAAAAAUGCUGAAAAAGAAGUUAGGAGCUAGAAAAGAUCAAUGGGACCAAAAGCUCCAGGGACUAUUAAUGGAUUAUAGAGCAUCAGUACAAGCAACCACUGAGAAAACACCAGCAGAAAAGAAGCAAGAAAAGGUGAAGAAUUUGUGGGAAGCCAAUAAGGGAUUAGCCACCCCAUUUGAAAUUGGUGACCUCAUGCUAUUAUACGCACCUGUGCAUAAGAAGAAAUUGGAGCAAGCCUGGGAAGGACCUUUCAAAAUUAGACAAGUUGGAAAGAGAGGAGCAUAUCAGUUAGAAACCUUAGGAGGAGCAAUUGACAAAUGGGUAACCAGGAGAAGACUGAUUAAGUACAAUGAUAGAAAUCAGGCUCAAGUGGAAUUAGGAGAGACGAGCCAAACCCUAGAAUGA